AUGUCCACUAGACGUUCCGGCGCAGCGUCUGCGUCGCCCGCCCUCAACGGCAACGCAGACGCCCAUACCAACGGCCACUCGCCCCAGCAACCGAACGGCCAGGCGCAAACAACAGCUAAGCACGCGCGCAAGGGCUCCCGUUCGGCGGCGAAGGGCAAGAAGGUUGUCAUACAGCGUACCGUCGCGGAGAAGGUCGUCGUCGACUGGGAGAUUCCGCGAAAGGCGCUGCAUUCGUCGAUUGGUGUCUUGACUCUGUAUCUCUACUACUCCCAUGGCUCGCCGCGGACCGUCGUCGUCGCGCUCGCGAGCGGCCUUGCGUUCAUCGUCCCGUGCGAUAUCCUCCGGCUCCGCUCCGCUAGGUUCGAACGGCUGUUCGAGAGGAGCGUCGGCUUCCUCAUGCGCGAAAGCGAGAAGAAUUCAACGAAUGGCGUGAUAUGGUACAUCACCGGCGUCAUGUUCGCCCUCGCCGUAUACCCUCUCGACAUCGCCGUAGUCUCUAUCCUCAUUUUGUCCUGGGCUGAUACCGCCGCGUCUACGAUCGGCCGUCUCUUCGGCGCACGCACCCCCAAGCUCCCCGCCCGCCUCCCGCUCCUCCGCCUCCCCCUCGCGCCCCGCAAGUCCGUUGCUGGAUUCAUCGCAGCCGUCGUCACCGGUGCGGCCAUCGCGAUCGGCUUCUGGGGCUGGGUCGUCCCCCAGGUGGGUGAGCCGAGCAGCUGGCAAUGGCCGGUGGUCGCGCCGACGACCGGGAAUCCGAGUAUCCUUGGUGCAGCGGGGGCAUGGUUGGGCCUCGGCGUGUUGGGCGUUGUCGCUGGGCUUAUUUCAGGCAUUACGGAAGCUCUCGAUCUUGGAAAUCUGGACGACAACCUUACACUGCCUAUCAUCUCCGGUGGAUGCCUCUGGGGAUUUUUCAAACUCGUAGAGGCGUGGAGCGCCUGA